AUGCGUCGAUUCUUUCAGGCAAAUAACUUCAUUCAAACGCUUCGUGUGAUGUAUUACGUCGCCAAAGUUGUGGGACUCAUUUCGUUUACCGCAUCGUUCGAUGUAGUCAAUAUACGGCGCAGUUUCAAGGACGUGCUUGGUUUUGUUGGCUUCAUGUUUUUCAACAGUUACAUUGUCUACAAUACGGGUGUACCGCCUUUAAGCGACAGCCCAACGUACUUCAACUCGUCGCUCAUCGAAUUCAUCCUCAGUCUGUUUCUUACGCUUCAGCUAAUUGCUUUGUUCGGCAUUCCGAUCGCUAACUAUGCUCAAGCGCUCAAGUACAAUCGAAUGAUAGCGCUGAUCAUGGAAGUGGACAUUGGGUUGGAGCGACUUGGGUGCGCUCACGAUUACAGCGCGGAGUAUUUCUACAGCACAGCAUACCUGACCAUUUCCGUUGCUAUUCAAAUCGGCUGUCUUAUCGGGACGGCUUUUACGAACACUUUUCUCAUUGGUUAUGGCACCGAAAGCAACGUCUUUGUCCUUAUCGGUUUCAUCUUGUGCAACUUGAUUUACAUCGUAACCAGUUGCUAUUGCUGUGUGACACUCUGGGCAAUAGUUUAUCGCUAUCAUAAAAUCAAUGCCACGUUUUGCUUAUACUUUCAUACCAACAAACAAACCAUUACACCAUUGCUGCCACUGUCCGAAAAGGAAACGAUCAAAUCAAUCGCCUUGUUGUACAUGAAGCUGGGAACUGUGGUGCAGAUAUACAAUCGAUGCUUUUUUGUGCACAUAUUUUACAUCAUUGCGAGUGCCUUUGGACUUAACUUGGUGUGUGUCUUUACGAUCAUACAUGUGUAUUUGGUCGGUAGUAGUGACGAAAGCAUCGAUAACAUCAUGAUAUCUCAAAUAUUUCUGAGUUUUUUCUUCAUUCUGAUCAUUAUGCAACUAAUGUUUGCCGGAAAUUUGAUGCAUAAGAAAGCAAAACACACAGCAAUAUUAUUGCACAAAGCAGUCAUCUAUAAUGAAUGCAAUGCAUUGGUUCUGGAGCAGCUCCGAUCUUUUUCCAUUCAACUAUGCCACGAAAUGCCGAAAGCUUCGUGCUAUUUCUAUGACAUCGACUGGGCCUUCUUGCUGACGAUGAUUUCCUCGUUCGCUACCUACCUCAACAUACUUGUGCAGUUCGACAUUAUACAGCUGCGAACAUCAAACUUCAAGAGUAACAGCACUCUGGCCGUAAUCUGA